ACAACAACUCCAAAGUUUCUGGUUUCUACACUCUCUCACUGAAUCUCAACCUCACACCAAUCUCUUCGAUUCCAUCAUUUUUCUUAGCUUCCAUUGUCGUUACUCUUAGCUUCUUCUUCUUCCAAUUAAUAUGUCAAUUGGGUUUUCUUAUUAAUCAAUCAUUUCAACUGGGUCGUCUUCUAUUGAAAUCUUGAUUGCCCCACUCCAAUGGAAAAUUCGAUUCUUCUUCCUACCGGAAAUCAGUUCCACCCCAAGUUACCCUUUCUCGCAUUCAGGCCUAGAAAGUUGUCCCUGUCUCAUGGCUUCACUAGAGAGCAAAUGUGGAGGAUCAAGAAAGUUAAAGCAACGAGUGAAAGUUCCGGGGAAGAUGAGGAAUCGGAUGAUGCUUUAAAGGCUACUAUUGAAAAGAGCAAAAAGGUUUUAGCCAUGCAGAAGGACCUACUCCAACAGAUUGCAGAAAGAAGGAAAGUAGUCACUUCAAUAAAAAGCAGUCUUGAAGAUGCCAAAGGUACUUUUGAUGGUGGGAAUGGUAGCUUAUCAGAUGAUGAUAAUAUCCCUGAUGUGGAUAAAGACUAUGAUGUUACCUCACCUAGUGCUGCUACUACAGUUACUGAUGUCCAAAAAAAUACACCACCAGCUAUAAGCCAAGAUUUUGUUGAAAGUAAAAGAGAAGUCAAAAGGGACCUGGCCGAUGAAAGGGCAACCCCACUGUCAAGAUCAUCCAUCACAGCCAGUAGCCAGACUUCCUCUACCAUAGGUUCUGCCAAAGGAACGUUAAAUGUCCCUCCAGGAACUCCAAAGUCCAGUCAAGAAGCACCUUUGGAUGUGAGUUCACGCAAAACUUUGGUUGAUAUUCCUGAAAAGAAGAUCCAGUCUUAUGUGCCUUCAUUACGUAAAGAAUCCUCAGCACAAUCUCAUGUGAAGCAGAAGAAUAAAAAUCUUGAAGGAUCAAGUGCUGAGGCAAAUGAAGAGACUAAAGACCCUGUGGAUGUAGAUGAGAAACCCCCUCCAUUGGCAGGAACAAAUGUUAUGAACAUUAUUUUGGUGGCUGCAGAAUGCGCUCCAUGGUCUAAAACUGGUGGGCUUGGAGAUGUUGCCGGAGCAUUACCCAAGGCUUUGGCUCGACGUGGCCACAGAGUUAUGGUUGUGGCACCUCGUUAUGGCAACUAUCCUGAACCUCAAGAUUCUGGUGUGAGAAAAGUUUAUAAAGUUGAUGGUCAGGAUGUGGAAGUGACUUACUUCCAAGCUUAUAUUGAUGGCGUGGAUUUUGUUUUCAUUGACAGCCAUAUGUUUCGGCAUAUGGAAAAGAACAUUUACGGAGGGAACCGUGUGGAUAUUUUAAAACGCAUGGUUUUAUUUUGCAAAGCAGCAAUUGAGGUUCCGUGGCAUGUUCCGUGUGGUGGGGUCUGCUAUGGAGACGGAAAUUUAGUGUUUAUUGCUAAUGAUUGGCAUACUGCUUUAUUGCCAGUUUACCUGAAAGCUUAUUAUCGUGACAAUGGAAUGAUGAAAUAUACAAGAUCUGUCUUGGUGAUUCAUAACAUCGCUCAUCAGGGUCGAGGUCCUUUGGAGGAUUUUUCACAUGUAGAUCUUCCACCACACUACACGGACCCUUUCAGGUUGUAUGACCCAAUAGGAGGUGAACAUUUCAACAUUUUUGCGGCUGGUUUAAAGACAGCAGAUCGUAUAGUUACAGUUAGUCAUGGAUAUUCAUGGGAACUAAAAACUUCUGAAGGUGGUUGGGGAUUGCAUGAGAUAAUUAAUGAGAACGGUUGGAAAUUACGGGGUAUUGUGAAUGGGAUUGAUACGAAAGACUGGAACCCUGAGUUGGAUGUUCACUUACAGUCAGAUGGUUACGUGAACUACUCCUUGGACACACUGCAGACUGGCAAGCCUCAAUGUAAAGCGGCAUUGCAGAAGGAACUUGGUUUACCAGUUCGCGAUGAUCUCCCACUGAUCGGUUUCAUUGGGAGGCUUGACCCCCAAAAGGGUGUUGAUCUGAUAGCUGAGGCAGUGCCCUGGAUGAUGGGUCAGGAUGUACAACUGGUCAUGUUGGGAACGGGAAGGCCUGAUCUUGAACAGAUGCUAAGGCAAUUUGAGUGCCAACACAAUGAUAAAAUUAGAGGAUGGGUUGGUUUCUCUGUGAAGACUUCUCAUCGUAUAACUGCUGGUGCGGACAUUCUGCUCAUGCCUUCUAGAUUUGAGCCUUGUGGACUGAACCAGCUUUAUGCUAUGAAAUAUGGGACUAUUCCUGUUGUUCAUGCUGUAGGAGGACUCAGAGAUACUGUGCAGCCCUUUGAUCCUUUUAAUGAGACAGGACUAGGGUGGACAUUCAGGAGGGCUGAAGCUAACCAGCUGAUCCACGCGUUAGGAAAUUGCUUACUGACUUAUCGCCAGUACAAAAAGAGUUGGGAGGGGCUUCAGACACGUGGUAUGAUGCAAGACUUAAGUUGGGAUAAUGCUGCUCAAAACUAUGAAGAAGUUCUCAUUGCUGCCAAGUAUCAGUGGUGAGGUUCAUUACUUGUCUAGGUAUACGGGGAAUUUUAGCCAUUCUAUCAAGUUCUAUUGAUGGCUUUUCAGCUCCUCUUUGUGGGGGGGAGGGUCUAAAAUGUUGUGUUUUUGCUGGGCAUAUCUGAUAACUGUACUGCUGUAAUUUUGCUCAAACAAGGCAUGUCCGAAACCCAUAUCUUUCUUCAAGCGACUCAAUUUCAGGGACCUGUUUGCUGGCAUAGACACACAAGAGGAUGCAACAAAUUGGCUAACUAUCAUACUACCACCUUCGUCACUUUGAUCAUAUAAUCAUGUAUAUUCCGUUUAGUUACAAGAUGUAGCCAAUCUCUACUCUAUUUUUGUUGAGCGUUUUACGGAACAGCUAGUGUCAAAUAAUAUGCGUAAAGCAUCAGUGACCCAGUUUUAGUUUCCAAAUGUAUCAUCUCUAUAAGCUCUGGUAUGCUAGGCUCAUGACAAUUGCACUUGUAUCCUGGAAUGAGCAUGAUGCAUGAGAUUCUUCAUCGUCGAUUUAUUUUCAA